CCUAAGGUAAUGUACAUGCUAUUCAUAUCAUUCAUAUCCCGUCCCUUCCUAUCUUCACUUAUUGCUCUUCGAUUGUCAUCUUCCAUCAUCUACGAGUCUAUGACACAUACUCUCGAAAUAAAACACCAUAUUCUCAAGAAAAUACCUUGAAACAUCUAGUCUUAUCCAUCGAAUAUACCCCCCUCCCUAGUGGCGGCCGUUGAUAAGAACAAUUCGAACCGAUACAAACUCACCUACGACGCUCGAAGCGCAAAACUUUAUUUUCUCAUACUCUGUUCAAUACAGUCAGAUCAAAAGUCGAAAUAUAACGCUGUUGCCGAUUCUCCCCUUCGUACUAUUCCGCAUCGAACCCCUUAGCUAGAACCUGCGCAUACGUCGGCGACCUAUAAUCCUGAGCUCCGAGUGAUAAUUCUUAGCGGGAUAACCCCCUUUCAACACCUUGUCAAGUCGAAGCGCUUCCGAUCGCACCUUUAAAUAAGCCGUGGUCCUCUGAGACUCACAGCGAGGUGCAGUUUGAAGUGCUUUGGACGACGCCUCACCAUAUAAUAUACACAUGAGUCAUCUACUUUGGAAAUAUUAUUGGGAGAACGAUGUCGACAAAUUUUGUCGGCUGCUGGCCCCGGCCGGUUAUUCCCAGAAUCCAUUAAAGGUUUCAGGUCCGGGAGUAAGUAGUCCUGGCCCAUCUGGAAGUUCUCCUCGAGCGACUACCAAAUCACGUAAAGCCUCCGGUUUUGGCGCUUCCGUAGUUACGCCCAAGAAUGUCGGAAACAAUCUUGGAAAGAGUGAGGUUAAUAGUCGCGAUCACUCCGGUUUGACCAUUCUGCUCCGAGCCGCUUCUUCGACUUCGUCGAAUGCCAUCACUUUCGUUAAGGCCCUCCUCGACCAUCCCGCUAUCGAUAUAUACGUUCAGGACUACGAAAGUGGCUGGAAUGCCCUACAUAGAGCCCUAUAUAACGGCAAUAUUUCGAUCGCGCGAUUACUGCUUGAUAAGGAACGUAAAGACUUGACGAAUUCUCUUGGCGUUGCCACUACUACUAGGAUUGCACAGUUGAUAAAGACGAAGGACCAUGAAGGAAACAGCCCUUUUGACCUUUACAAUGCUAGUAUCGCUUUGCGAACUUUGAAAGUUUCAGAGGAGCGCGCGAGCCUGGAUGAUGAUGACUCAGAUAGUGAUGAAGGUUCGGCAGGCGAAGAAGCGAGACAUCAUAGCAAAUAUGUUGCUUUGGGCGAAGAAGUCUUCACCUUCGGCAGCAAUAAUAACUUUUCCCUUGGCCUUGGCGAUGAAGAUGAUCGACAAUUUCCAGAGCGCAUCUAUUUGAAACGUCCCGACCGUCUAAUUCAGUAUUUCUAUGAUCAGUAUCUCGAAGAAAGGAAGCGUCAGUCAAACGUGGAGGAUUCAAUAUCUCGCGAUUUGUCGCAGAUCCCAAUCCUGAUUCAAAAUCGACCUUUAAUGAUUCAAGAUGUAGUGCUCUCUAAGCUACAUAGCGCCGUACUUACGACCGAUCCCAUCUCCAACCUCUACAUUUGCGGAAUUGGGCGCGGUGGUCGCCUCGGACUUGGCGAUGAGAAUACCAGGUUUAACUUUAUACCUGUUCAGAGUGGGUUGUCUGACAAGAAGGUGGUUCAAAUAUCGCUAGGCCAAAAUCAUUCGUUGGCUGUAACAAGCACAGGAGAACUUUGGACUUGGGGGUCGAAUACUUAUUCACAGCUUGGGAUUCCUCUCCCUGCGCUGGCGAAACCUGACGAGGAACCAAUAAGUACAACUCCUCGCCAAGUAUUCGGUCCAUUGAAGAAGGAGAUUAUACUCGGGGCUGCAGCUUCUGCUAUCCAUUCUGUAGCACACACAGGAUCCUCUUUGUUCUGCUGGGGAAAAAAUGUCGGCCAACUUGCCUUAAUGGACGCGGACUCUAGAUCCCUCGAGGUUCAGCCUAUCCCUAGGAAAGUUGCCGCGACCCUUUUAUCUAGUCACUCUUCAAUAGUUAUGGUCUCAGCUAUCGACCGAGCAACGUCCUGUUUGUUCGAGGACCAUACCGUGUGUGUCUUUACGAGUUACGGCUAUAACAUGAUAAAAUUCCCCACGUUUGAUCCGUUCACAAGUUCACCUCUCCAGCGCUCAGUGCAACUCUCCACGUCAUCCCGUUAUGACCCUAGACGCCGUGAGAUUCAUCAUAUCACAUCAGGCGGAGAUACUAUAGCCGCGAUUACAGGCAAUGGCGACCUCUUCACCAUGACAAUUAACCACAGAUACGAUGGAAACCAGUCCGCAACAUCAACAACCAAUCCUUCAAAGAUCAAGGAUGCGGUGACGACACCACAAUGCAUUUGGAGUUCCAAGAAGGACGGUGUCAGGUCUGUGAGUGUUGGGGAGAAUGGCUCUGUUAUCAUCUCUACGCAGUCGGGGGCAGUCUGGCAUCGCGUUAAGCGGACGAAAGCUAAAGACACUAAAGCACCCGCAACGGUGGACCCUAAAAAGCGCAAAGACUUCAAAUUUCAGCGUGUACCCUACGUCACGGAUAUCGUUGCUGUUAGAAGCUCGGCUUUCGGUGCGUACGCUGCGGUUCGAAAGGAUUGCGACGUGACGCGUGAGCAACUUGAGAUCGAUGAGUCUACACUAUGGCAAGAUAUUGCUCCCCUAUUCCCUCUUUCUGGAUUUAAGGCUCUGAAUUCCCGAACGCGAGAAAAUAAGGAUACCUGGAGGUUCCAGGACCCAGAUGUACUGAAAGGCCGAGUAGACGCGCUGGCAUACGAAGUGUUGACAUCAACUGACCUUGAAGACGAUCUACGAGCGCAUCUUAAGAAUUGGCAUUUUCACAACGAUAGUCUUGGCAUGGUCAUUCGUGCUUCUGCGUUCCCGGAUCUGGCCAUUCCCAUACACUCUUGGCUCUUAUCAGCCAGGAGUCCGUUUCUUCGAGCUGGGUUACAACAAUUCAGAGAAACUGGAGUUUACGAGGUCCCAGAUCUACUCAAUAUUAGCGAACAGGACAAUGUUGUAAUCGUGGAACUCACUGGCAGCGUCGACAUAAUUACUCUAAUGAAUCUGGUCGUAUACUUAUAUCGCGACAGAGUUAUCCCUGCCUGGAAUUUUACAAGGCAAUCCAAACCCCUAGCAUAUAGGUAUCGCCAAAUCCGCACGGAGCUGAUGAAAAUAGCUACUAAAUUUGGCAUGGUCGAUUUAGAAGCUGCUGUUAGAGUCCAGAGCUCACCGCCGCGUUCAAUGAACAAGGAUUUCAAAAACGCAAUCGAGGAUGCAGCAUUUUUUGAAGAUGGGGAUGCUCUUUUGGAACUUGAUGGUGACGAGAUACUAGUUCAUAGCGAUCUACUUUGCCAAAGAUGUCCGUGGUUCCAAGGUCUUUUCAAGGGUCGUUCCCGUGGUAUGUGGCUGGAAAGUCGCCGCGCAGCGCAGAAAGAUUGCGAUUACAUUAAGAUCGACUUAAAGCAUAUGGAUCCGGAAUCAUUCCAUUAUGUUCUUCAACAUUUAUAUGCCGAUGUUGGAGAGGAGCUUUUCGACGAUGUUGUCGCAGAAACUCUCGAUGAAUUCUCCGAACUGGUUAUGGAGGUUAUGGGCAUUGCUAAUGAACUUAUGCUCGACCGUCUAUCACAAAUCUGUCAAAAGAUCAUUGGCCGUUUCGUCAAUACUCGGAACAUCUCGAAUCUACUGAAUAUCAUCAGUCCGUGUUCAGUUACUGAGUUUAAAGACAAGGGGCUAGAAUACAUCUGCCUCCAGAUGGAAUCAAUGCUUGAAAACCAUUUACUCGAUGACCUCGACGAGGAUCUUCUCUUAGAGUUAGACGAAGUUGUCAGAGAUAAUCAACUGGCUAGAUGUCCGUUUGCUCGGAGUGGAAGAGCUGAUCUACUCCUUCACGAACGUAACCCUGAGCUAGCACAAGACAUUGAAGAAGAAAGGCAUAGGCGAGUAAAAGAAAUGGCAUUUAAGGUUUCACAGAAAGAAGAUGAGAGGAAACUGUCAACAUCGUUCAAAUCUCGUGUUGGGAGCUUAGAUGAUUCUAUGAAUGUUUCACCAAUGCCAGACAGAAGCAGGAAAAAGCCAAAGGCGGUCGCGAAUGAGCCUUUUACUCCCGAGCUUCGACCAAAAGACUCACACGCAGAUCUCAUCUUUGCUAUGGACGAAGAAGGAUCGCCUAGUGGCACGGCUCCUGCUUCUCCAAGUCCGCAACCGUUACAACCUAGGGAGCGGGAUGAAUUGGAUCAGCUCUCAACGCUUGCUGGUUCUUGGAGGGGUUCAAAAGGAAAGAUUGUCGAAGACCAAGCUGCUCUAAAGUCUACCACACCACCUCCGAUUCCAAAACCAAAGCCUGUCCCCACCACAUUGCAGAAUGAUCCUACGAGGCGUGUGCCAUCAGGAGGUAAUCCAUGGGGGCCAUCUUCGCUACCAACUUCGCGUCUAGAUCUUCGUGAAGUGUUAUUAGCAGAUUCUCGACCAGCCCAGUCGGCUUUGUCUGCUGAGAUAGCUGCCGAGAGAAAAGAGACAAGUAGUAAAAGCGCACCACAGAAGUUAUCCCAAAAGGAGAGAAAAAGACAGCUACAACAACAGCAAGCGGAGCUAGCAGCCCGACAAGAGUCUCAGCCUCAGCAAUCGCAAUCCCCGUGGACAAAGAUUGGCGAAAAGAAGGAUUCGCCUUGGCAAAAGACCCCGCUCGUCCCAAAAGCAUCCUUUACAAAUAUUUCGGAGCAUUCACCAGGAUCAUCCGCAGACCCACCAAAGCCAAAGCCGCUUCUUGCUGCAGAGGCAUCGUCCAGCAAGUCUAUACCACGGCGGACGGCAUCUCCAGAUACUAGAUUUCCCGGUCAGAGGUCGAAUAGUGGGAUACAAGGGACCACGCCUGCUACUCAAUCUACGUCUCAACAUCUCACCCCUCAUUCGAAGUCUUAUAUCAAACGUGCACCUAAACCGGAACAGGAGAUUGGGCUUGGGCUGGCCGAUAUAAUUGGGGAACAGCGGCGUGAGCAGGAAAUUGUACGCGAAGCAGUAGCCAAGCGCAGCCUCCAGGAAAUCCAACAAGAGCAGGCGUUCCAAGAAUGGUGGGACCAAGAAAGCCGGCGGAUGCAAGAAGAAGAAGCAAGACGAACUGCACGCGAAGAAGGCAAAGGUCGGAAAAUGGAACAAAGUAGCAGUCGAAGAAGUAACCGCAAUAACAAAUCAAAAGGGGGUAACGGCAAUCGAGCCAAUGACAGUGGAGUUAGCAAUAAUAGCUCAAUCCAGACCGCAAAGGCCGGACCCAGUUUCAGUUCCAGAGGACGAGGACGCGGACGCGGAAAUAGAGGAAAGGUAGCAUGACAAACAGGAACACGUCAGGUCAACCAAGGUUAAAGGCGCAUCAGGGUCUAUAGGCCUUAUAUUAGGGACACACGGAGUUUCGGCAAUAAGUCGUGGCGUAUAUCCUAAACUGGUUUGAGCAGACGAAUUGCUUUUUGUCGGAAUUGUAUAUAAAAGGGAAACACGGAUUAACGGUCGCAUUGCUACACUAUAUCGCGAGUGUAUAUAUAUCUUUCAGUCCUGCUUAUAACGAUGUCCUCUCUUCGCUCUACUGCUACUUUACGAGAAAAAUUUCAUAGAGAGAUGCUCGUUGACGUUUUAUAUCAAACCUAACCGAGCUUUUGGAAGUCUCGUAUGUUUAUGUUCGUUUUUCGUACCUACUUCCUGUGCCACGCUGUUCUUCCCGUCGGGAUUAAAAUAGGCCAGUAUGCAAGCCC